GCGAGCACACGACUCCACCACCUCCGCCGGCGAGGGUUAGGGCCUGUGGUCGCCGCCAAGUGGACUCCCGUGCGGCGGCGAUGACGAGGAGAUCUACUUAUGGACCCUUCUUGAUGGCAAGGAACAUUACAUUACAUGGCCAAACGAAUUGGAGUAAGUCGACUCAGACCAGCCACCUCCCUUGUGGUAAUGCUUUUUUCUGCACCCUCGGCGAGCAAUUUGCAGCCACCAAAGGGAAGAAUAGAGGGAAAAUGAGGAAGGAAACCAAGAAGGUCAAUGUAAGAUCGGCCUUCAUCAUUGAUAAUAGCACCCAUCGCGAUGAGUCUAUAUACAGAAACUCUUUUCUCCAAAAAAUAUGUAGUGUUACAAACCGUAAUGAGACACAACUAGAGCCAAUGAUGUUAUUGGAUCCCACUGAUUGUUUUCCUGACCGAGAAAGAUGUGUUGUGCAUUCUGUACGCUACAUGAUGCAAAUAUUUUCAUUAAAGUUGGCUAAAGUUCCUGUGAACACAAGCUCGGUACAACUAUAUGGAUGUAUAGCUGCGCGAGAUUGUCUGGAUUCAUUGCUAAAUUAUAUUGUCAAUCGUAGCAGGGACGAUCCCAUUACAGUGCAUCAGGGCUCUCUCAUUGAGAUGACUGGCCCUAAGAGGGGAAUCACAAUGACCUCUCCUGUUCUAGUUGAGUUUGACAUGAGGAUCAGGAAAGGAGAGCAAGAAGAAGAUGAUCUACAAUUAAUUGACGGUGCAAUAGACUGCGAACUAACCACACCUUCCCGUCCAUCCACUAACCGCAUUAAUGGCGAUUGUGGAGCAGUUGACAUCACUUUGGCCCGCGUUCCCGGUGCGGUGGAGGCCACUAUAGAUGUUAUUAUAUCAAAAGUGCAGAGCGGAUUCAGUUUAUCUCUGAGCUCGUUUGUGUUUGCCGGUGGGUCACAUGAGGGAAUCGAACUCUUUUGUGGUACUAUCGGUGAGUCAUGUGGCUUAACAAGAAGAUAUGUGAUUGCUGUACAGAUGGGUAGUUGGAUGCAUUUGAAGUUCAAUGUAGGUCAGAAAGGCUCUGAAUAUGAUGAUCUGGAACGCUAUUGCCGCUUCAAAGCAGACAUCCAUGGGUGUGACUGUCGACAAAUAAUACUUGAGCAUGCAUCAAUCUCGCUGAAGGUGACUUGGUUGAUUGUGCGAUAAAGUCGUUGUGUUUUGUAUUCAGACUUUACUGGAAUUAUUUGGUCUUGCACUGGAUGGAUACAUAAUCUCCUGCCGGCAUGCUCCACCUGCGCGCUCUUGCGGCGCGGCUAUCUCCAGUUCGUCCCAGAUGAGAAGGGAAGCAGAUAAUGUUGCAUGGCUCAUUCCUCGUUCAUAGUACUGUAAUUGUGAAUUUACAUUUGCUUGAAGCGUCAGAAGCUUCAUAUAGUCGAGGAUAGCACAGCUGCUCUGCGAAACAUCACGUACAAGACCAAUUGUCCUGCCCCUGUUUUUUAGACACCUCUGUGCGAACCUGCAGAGGAUGAUUAUCAGCAAACUGAAAAUAAGAUAAGGAUGUAGCUGCUCUGCCUUUCAUUGCUUUCGAUCUUGUAUACAACUUAUUUAUAAUUACAGAU